AUGGAUCGUUGUUGUUCUUGCGGAGCUCGUUUAUUUAGAGCGUCUAGUUUUCGACGAUUAGCAUCACCGGUAUUUCGUAUGUCUGUGUCGAUACGUGUAUUGAAAACGCUUCCCUCGCACGCGAAAGUUUGUAAUAAAUGUCGCCAGUCAUAUGCGUAUUGGAAAAGAUGUAAUCCGGAAUUUACAAAUAUUUUCGAUCGGAUCGAAGAAGAGUUUGUUGAAAAUGCUGAAUCAGAGGAUGAUGAGGUAGAAGAUAUGGAUACCAAUGUUUGCUCUGUGGUAAGAAAUUCAUCAGACAAAGAAUGUCAAACUAUAGAACAGGCUGCUGCAGACAAACAAUGUCAAACUAUAGAACAGGACGAUGGAGCGCCGAGUAUUACGUUGCCGCUUAAUUGUACAGUUUGCUCUCAUAAAACGUGUUGUAUUUGUCGGGCUCAUAUUGAUGGUUCGUCAAAGACCGUAGCAGUUGAAGAUCGAAAUAUGAUUUUUCUAACGAAAAAUGUUAUGAUACGUGAAGGUUCAAG